CUCCUUCACCGAAAGUAAAAGCACUCCUCAGUCUACUUUUUCCUGUCGACCACUUCGAACGAGCAAGGGCAACCAAGAUCGAACACGAAAAGCACAAACCCUUUGUUUUUUCCAACGCACAUCAACACAACCUCCCACAAACAAAUCCAUCAAGCAAAACAUGGGUCUCCUCGUUAGCAAGAUUUCUCAAGCCCUUGAAUCGCUCGGGUCUGUGUUUAGCAACCGCCAAGCGCGCAUUGUCAUGAUCGGCCUGGACGCGGCCGGCAAAACCACCAUCCUGUACAAGCUCAAGUUGGACGAGGCCGUCCAAACGCUGCCCACCAUCGGAUUCAAUGUGGAAACCAUCCAACACAACCGCCUUACCAUGACAGUGUGGGAUAUCGGCGGCCAGCACAAAAUCCGACCGCUUUGGCGCCAUUACUACCACGGCACGGACGCGGUCAUUUUUGUCGUCGAUAGCGCCGACCGCGAGCGUCUGUUCGAGGCCCAGGAUGAGCUGCAGAAGGUGAUGAGCUCGGAUGAGCUUGCGCGGGCAUGUAUCUUGGUGUUUGCCAACAAGCAAGAUGUUUCCGGAUCGGUUUCUGCCAACGAGAUGGCCGAGCAACUUGGCCUGUUCAAGAGCACCCAUCGCCAGCGUCUAUGGCACGUGCAGCCAUGCUGUGCCAAGACUGGUCAAGGCCUGGUUGAAGGACUGCAGGAGCUUGCGCGAAUGCUCAAGUCCCAGCCGGCCUCCGUCGACUAUUAAGCGUGUUGUGCUUUGCAAGCGCGUUGAAGAAAUGAUUUGCAUCUUGGUGAUAUUGUAUGCGAGCCAACAGAUAUAUUUUGAAAGAGAG